AUGACCCCUCCACAUACCCUCUUUGUCAUUGGGGUCAAAGGCCAGAGAUUUGACUCCAAGAGAGAAAUCCUUGAAAAGGAGAAGGAAAUAUUGGAAGGGAAUAGACGCCAGCUGCAGGCGAAACAGGAUAAAGAAACAAAAUUGAAGAAAAUCGAAGAUGAGAUCAGAAAGAUCGACGCUGAGCUCAAAAAGGUGGACGACGAUCGCCUUGAGGAUCUUGAAAAAUAUAUUGAACCUCUCAUCAACACUGACGAUGUCUUCACUGAGGUACACCUUGGGGGUAACUCAUACAGCCCCGAUGCAUGCAGGAAACUGGGACUGCUUUUGCGCAAACAGAAAAAGUUAGAAACCAUACGACUGGACGAUCUUUUCACCGGUCGACUGCUUAGCGAAAUCCCUACCGCGCUCUACUCCCUCCUCAGGCCUCUCCUUGACGUCCACACCCUGCAAACUGUCGAUCUCAGCGAUAACGCAUUCGGCGUGAAUACCAAAGAUCCCCUCGUCGAGUUUCUAAGAGCACACCUCCCCCUCCGCCACCUGAUAUUGAACAACAAUGGCCUAGGCCCAGAGGCAGCGCGAUCCAACCCUGAAAUAAAAUAUGAAAUCCCAGCCCUCGAGACCAUCGUCUGUGGUCGGAACAGACUCGAGGCUGGAAGCAUGGAAGCAUGGGCACGGGCUAUUAAGGCAAACGGCAAGGGACUUCGGACAAUUAGGAUGAAGCAGAAUGGCAUUUAUUCCAAGGGCGUCGUAAAACUACUGAACACUGGCAUUUGUCAUGCGCCUGAGUUGGAAGUCUUCGACUUGGAAGAUAAUACGUAUGGGAAGGAAGGCUCUGUUGCUCUAGCCGCGGUAUUGUCGGGAUUGCCAUCUCUUCGCGAGCUGGGGGUUGACGACUGUGCUCUCACGGCCAAGGGCUGGCUCCGGGUUGCGAAGGUGCUUUCUGCUGGCGGGAAUACGAAACUUGAGAUUCUUAAGCUGAAAGGGAACGAGAUAAAUGGCAAGGGGGUGGGAGCGUUGGUUCAUGUUGCUAAAACUAGCCUCCCCGCGAUUAAGAAGGUUUUCCUUAAUGCGAAUGCUUUUGAUGAGGAUAACGAAAAUAUCAUGAGACUACAAGAGCUAUUGAAGAGACGCAAAGCACGAUUUGGAAAAAAUGACGAGGAAGAUGCAUGGGGUCUAGAUGAACUUGACGAGCUAGAAGGUGAGGAGGAAGAAGAGGAGGAGGAGGAGGAGGAAUGGGAAUGGGAAAGCGUAGCGACUGAUACUGAAAUCGACAUUCAAGCAAAAGCCGAACAUAUACCCACGGAGGCUGACGUGGCUGAGAACCAGUCAGUAGUUCAGAAUGUGGAUAAAACAGUUGAUGAGCUAGGCGAGAAGUUGAAAUCAACAACAAUCUAG